AUGAGAUAAUAUUUUGUAAAUGGUAUAGGCUGUCCCUUUUGGCAAGUUGCAGUAUAAAAUGACAUAAUUUAGAUAUAGUAAAUAAUUCUUCUAAAAUCCAACCCAUAAAAAGAAUUUGAAGAUAGAGCUGCAAUUGUUUACACUCCAUUUUCUAUUGGAGUCUUUAAUUUAUAAACUAAUCAAUAGUAUGAAUUAGUUAAUCAAUAGGAAUCAGUAGCAUUUUACUAAAUUGAUAAAGAUGAUAGACCAAUCUUAAAAAUUUCUAAUUUGCAUACAUUAGAUGCAAAUAAUAGGGUUAUUGAUUGGAAUCCUUUAAAUGGAUUGAAACAAAAAACCAUUGAAAUCCCAAAAAAUAUAAGUAUAAGUUAAGUAUCUUGUUUAAAUUCUUAAGAAACCCUAAUUUUUUCAUGGAAUUCUACUCAUAUUUUUGUUGUUGAUUUUUCAUAACCGCUAGCUCAUGGAGAAGGGAUUUUAGUUUAGUAAAUAAACAUUUAAACAUAAUUUGUUUAGUGUACAAAUGAUAAAUUAAAUAGACGUUUUUUAUUAGCUGAUUCUUUGGGAGGAAUAUAUUCCUUUGAUAUUUAAACAUAAAGUUUAACACUUCUAUUCAAAAUUAAUUAAUUCUAAGCGCUUUUGUCAAUUUAUCCUACUAAAAAUUAAAUAGCAUUAUCUUACCAAUCAAAUGAUAAAAAUUAUAUAGCUUCUUAUAGCAGCGUAUAAUUAUAAUUUGAAUAGUAAAUUAAUCAAACUUCUACUUAAAUAUUAGUUAAUAAUGAAGAGGAUUAAAUUGUAGUUGUAGGAUAAUAAAAUCUAUUUUAAUUGUGGUAAAUAAAAUAAAAUAAAUUGAUUUAUUAAGCAGACUUUUAAUUAAUGGAUUGUGAUUUUAACGAUUCAAAUUCAACUAGCGUAGAUAGUAAUAUAAAUUUUAAAUUUGGGUCUAUAAAUUCAAAUAAUGAAGUUUCAAUAGUUUCAGAAAAAUAUGUUUUUGCUUUCUCAAUAGAUUAACAAAAACCAAUAAUAUUCAAGAACUAAAAUUUUGGAAUAAAUUUUAUUCAAUCCUUCAUAAUAGAAAAUAAAAUAAUUUUAGCUUCUGACCAAUCAAUCUCUAUAAUUGAUAAAAAAACAUAAUAAUUUAUUUAUGUUACAAAUCACUUGAUUAAUACUGCAACAAAUUAUGAUGUCAUAUAACAAAUAGAAAUAGAUAAGGAUUUAAAUAGAGUUAUCUUUAUUAAUUUUUCUGGAGUUAUUGAGUAUUGGUCUUAUUUUGAUAAUCAAUUUGAAGCAUACAUAGAUUCCUUACCUUCAAAUUCUUAAUUUAUUAUCAACAAAUCUCUUAAUAAAUUAGUUCAAUAUGUUUUAACAUAUUCAGGAUCAGGAUUGCAAAAUAUAAUUGGAAUUUAUAAUUACAGAGAUGGAUCAUUGAUAUAAUUAAUAAAAAAUGCAUAUAAUAUUGAUAGGCUUUCAGGCUUUUUAUUACUUUAAGAUGAAACAAAUGGAUUUUUGAUAGGAUUUAAUAAUAGCACAUUAUAAUAUACUAUAUAUAGAUUUCAAUAAGACAAUAAUCACUCUUUAAUAUUUAAUGGCACCUUAUUCCAGAAUUUAGAUUUAAACUAGUAUAUUUAAUAAGCCUUUUUAAUAGAAAAAUAUUAAUUAAUACUUUUAUAGUUUGAUAAUUAAUUAUUUUUAUUUAACUAUUUCUACUAUGAUAGCUUGUAUAAUAAUCCUAUUCCUAUUUAGGGUUUGUAAAAUCCUAUCUUAUACUUCUACUUUAACCAAACUACUCUCAGUUUAUAUGCUAUUUAGCAAUAUAACAUCUAAAUUUACUCUCUAACACAAAAUGUAUUUUAAAUGACAAAUUCGAUUUAAAUUUAAGCAAUUAAUAACUCAACAUAAGUUUAGCUUAUAGAGGAGACAUAAGUAUUAAAUUUAUAAAAUUAACCAAUCAUUAAGUAUGCUUGUGAUUAUUCCAAAUCUAUUCUAAUUGCAAUAAGCAAUGACUACUAUCUAUAUGUUAUAGAUAUACAAAAAUCCAGUUUAUUAUAUACUUUAACGCUUGAUGCAAAUUAAAUGUAAAGUCUUUACAUAUACCCAGAUUAAAAUUUAGCAACAAUAAGCUUCAAAAAUGGAAAAUCUAUUAUAUUUAAUUACAUCACCUACACUUAUUAGGGUGUUUUAAAUUAUAAGUAUAGUUAAGUAUAAUAUUUUGAUACCUAAUAUAACAAUCUGUUUCUAAUGUCAAGCACUAAACUGCUCAGUAAAGCACUUAAAAGUUUUGGAUUGAUAUAAUAAAUAUCUUAUUAAAAAAUAAUUAAUUAUUAUUUUGAUAUUUAAUCUGGUCUGACAUUUGUAUUGGCUGAUUAAGUUUACAUUUAUAAUUCAUUAAAAUAACAAUAUUUUCCACCUUUUCCCACUAUUGACAUAUAGAACUCCUAAUUUAUAUUCUCUAUACCAUCAAAAGAUUUCAUAUUUAUAUAAUUUGUAUCAAUAAAUUAAAACAAAAUAUCUGUAUACAAAUUGAGUACUUAUGAGUAUGUGGGAGAUCUUAGCUACUAAUCAAAAUAGUGCUAAAUGCUACUUUCUUUGGUAUACGAUUUUAAUUCAAAUCGACUUUUCUCAGGCUGUUAUCCACGGAAUUCUUUAGUUUGGGAUUUAAAUUAAAAUUUCAAACUGAUAAAAGUUAUAAAUUAUUUUUGCCCCAUUUCGAUAGUUUUUGAUGUUUAGACUAAAAGAAUUAUUAUGACUACAUAUGCAUGGUUCUCAUAUACAUUAGACUAUGACACCCUUGAACAAAAAGGAAUAAUAGAUGGAAUUUAUGGGGAUUUCGAUCACAUCAGAGGCCUUUAAAUUACUUGGGAUUAAAAUGGAGAUAUAAGGAUAUAUAAUUCAAAUUCAAACUAAAUAGCUUUUUAGCAUGCUCAUGAAGGUUGGGUUAACCAAAUUAUAAUAGAUAGCACCAACAUGAUUCUAACUUCUAUUGGAAAUGAUCUCACUAUAAAAGUAUGGAGCUACUCAUCUUUAAAUUAUUUAAAUUUGAUCUAGGAAUAGGUUUUAUAGGGAUAACUAAAUGUUUAAUUCCUAGAUAAAAACAAUAAUUAUUUAUUUGUAGGGGAUAGUAAUGGGUAUAUUUAUCAAUUAACUUAUCCUGAUUUAAAUUUAUAGAAUACUAUUUAGGUUUGUAAUUAAUUAAUAGAUACCUUGUAUAUUGAUUUGAGUCAUAAUAUUCUUAUUUAUGGUUCUUAGGCAGCUUGUUUAUUUGGAUUAUAUAAUUUAGUUGAUUUCAUAGCCCCAAAUUCAUAUUCAGAAAGCUAUAGAUAGUUAGGUGUAUUAUCUGCUUUGAAUACUGACUAUGGAGUAAUUUUUCAUCAGACUCAAACUCUUGUAUAGAAAUGGAAUUUUUCUACUCAGCAGAUAGAGUAUGGUUUUUAUGCUAACAGCCGAAAUUUUUAAUAUGAACCAGAAAGUGAAUUUUUAAUUUUACAAGGAUAAAAUAAGAUAGUUGCUUUUAUUAGAAGGGAUUAAUUAACAUUUUUUGAUAUUCAAACUUUUGAUAUUUUAAAUACUUAACAACUUAAUUGUUUGAGAAACAUUUAGCUUUAUUCUUAUCUCGUAUGCUCUCUUUUGAAUUAAUUAACGAUUAUAAGUCUUAGAGACUACUCUUUUUUUUAGGUAAUAACACUCAAUGAAAAUUAAUCAAUUAUCAAUCUAUAAAUUAUUGACAAUAAAUAUUCAUUUUUUGCUACAACAACACAAGGUGAACUUAUUUGCUAUAGUUUUAAUUAAUCAAAUAAUUAAUUUUUAUAAUAAUUAUACUCCAAGCUGCUUGAUAAUGCAGUAGCUAAUUAUUUAUUUGUUUCUUCAAAUAAUUAUUACUUUGUUUUAGCUUCUUGUUUUAAAGGCUAACUUGUUUUGCUUUAGUUUUCUUAGUAGCUCUUAAUUGAAUAACAAAAAGAAAUAAAAUUGUAAGGUGUUAAAUCUCAUGUUCAUGUCAUGGUCUAAUACACUGAUAAGGUAUUUUUUUAUUUAAUUAUUUGUUGGUUUUCUAUUAUUAAAUUUUAUAAAUUAAUUAAAAUAAAUAAAAUUUGCAACAUGAUUUUAAUUAUUUUAAUAGCAAAUUGA